CCUUACUACAGUGGACAGCAUUAUUUGGGUCCUCUUUGGGAGACAUUAAAUGCCUUGAAGCUGGCAUCUUUGAAGGUACACAUUAUAUAUAUCCCCUCUUUUGCACACUCCUCACAAUAUCAACCCACAUACCAAAAGAAAGUGAGAAAGGAAAAACAAAUCAGCCAAAAAGAAAGAAAAAAAAAAUUCUUCUAUUAUCUAAAAGCUUAUAAUGAAGGGUAAGUUCUUUCAAGCAUCCUUAAACAAGUGCAUGAAAAUGGGAAGCAGGGUGAUACAUUCAUCAGAAUGUGAGUCUUGCUGCCAAUGGUGCUUUUGGCCAUCCAUGAGUUUACAGCAAGAAACCGAAAUCUUCAUACCCAAAGAUGUCCCAAAGGGUCAUAUGGUCGUGUACAUUGGUGAACAUCAAAAGAGGUAUGUCAUCAAAAUCACAUUGCUUAAACACCCACUUUUCAGAGCUCUGUUAGACCAGGCUAGGGACCAACAUGAUGACUCCACCACACCGCCAAGGCUUUGGAUCCCUUGUGACGAAAACGUCUUCCUCCAUGUUGUUCGAUGUGCCCGAUAGCAACUGAGCUUCGCAGGCAAGGGAGGGGAGGGGAGGAUCAUAAUUCACAACCCUCUUCUCUAUGGACAAAAAAAGAAAGUAUUUGUGCAUUUGGAAUUAUGGAGGCCUUUUUCCUGACUGUGUGAAAUGACAUUCUUUGUAAGAUAAGUAGUAAAUAAAAGUUGUACGCAUAGCUUGUAAGUUAUAACUCUAUGGUUUAGAUUUUCCUCAUUUGCACAAUGAAAGCUUUCCACUGGCAUCCUUCAUUCACUAAUCUGACAGUCACUCCCAUUAUAAAAAAAAUAAAAGUAAAUUGAAAAAUAUAUUAAAAAAUAAACAACUGCAGAACCUUUUUAGAAAAAUACUUUAAUUGGGAGUAAAUGUUGUGGGAUAAAAAGUUAAUACAAAAUUUUACAGCAUGGACAAACCACAAUGCUCCUGCUGUAUAGGAAGUCAACUUCUUGAAUGAGAGCAAUUAUUCAUGUCAAACAAGCAAAAUUAGUCCUGAUAACAGGACUUGAUGUAGUUAGUUGAAUUUACCUGAUAACUCGUCAUGGGAACAACAACACCGUGAAUGUAUUUUGGUUGGAAGAAAUUCUAAAAAUCCCUGAAUCCAUUAACAGCAGCAUCAACAGACUUUGCCAGUUCAGUCGCUGCUCCGAUGUAAGUAUGUGGGGUCACCUUCAAGAGAUUAGCCUUUGCUG